AUGGAUAUCUCAGUGCUGUGGCUCUACGUGCUCCUCGUGUCCGUUCUGCUGCUCUUCCUGGUGCCCACUGCCGAGUCUACCGUGCUCCUUUGGGCCUGCUUAUACCGGCUGCAGAUCUGUCCCUUCGUUACCACCACCACCACCAAAUAA